AUGAAUUCUGAUCUUUCUUCAGGUGUUAAUUACAAUUUUAAUUCAAGCACUGCAGGUAAUAUUGGCCCUGGCUCAGAUUCUCAGAACAUGAAUGGCUCUCAAGUAAAUGGAAUUAGCAGUAUUGGUAAUAGAAUUGAUAAUCUCACGAUAAACACUCCUAAUGAUUCUAAUGCUACAAAUAUGCAAAGAAAUAAACUUGGAAGUUCAAUGGAGGGAUUAACUGCUGGGCCAAUUAGGGCUUCAGACAAACUUUUAUCAGAUAAAAAAGGUGAUUUAGGGAGGAGUAAUCCAUAUUCAGAAAGGAAAGUACAACAAUCUUCAGGAGUUGGCGAGUCAGGCCAACAAGCUUCAAUGAUAACAACUCAGUCUGGAUUAGGUUCUAAUAGGGAUUUCGAUAAACCUGGAGCACUUCCACAUCUGUUUAGAAGUUUUAGGGCUGCCAAAUUUUGCAAGAGAUGUGGAGCUGGAAAUUCUAUUGUUGUUUAUGAUUCGAAAUCUGGAUCUGAAAUUUGUACUAGGUGUGGAGUGGUGGUUGAAGAUAGGGUAAUCAAUGAAGAACAAGAAUGGAGAUCAUUUUCAAAUGAUGGAAAUGAUGGAAAUUCUAAGUCCCGUAUUGGUUCUGUGAAUGAUGUUUGGCUAGAUGAUGGUACGGAUUCUCAGCUACUGGUAGGGGACAAGAAAUUAAUGAAAGCAAUGUUAAAACAUAAUACUCAAGCGUCGAGUGAUCGUAUGAUUAAAGAAGUUUUCAAUCAAUUAAGACAAAUAGCAAACAGUUUCUCACUUCAUGAUAACAUUAUUGAAAGAUGUAAGGAGAUUGUUAAAGAACAAAGUAACUUGAAUAUAUUAAAAAGUGGCAAAAAGAAUGUACUUGCUAUUGUAUAUUUGGCAUGUAGGGAGGAAGGAGUAUCUAGGACAGUUAAAGAGUUAUUAUCAUUUGAUAGAACAAUUUCAGAGAGAGAGUUAGUGAGGUCGAUUAAUAAAUUAAAAAAAGAUUUACCAAGAAGAGGCCCGACUUUAAGUUCCUCAGCAGCUGAGUUGAUGCCAAGAUUCUGCCAUUAUUUACAGUUAUCUCAUGAAAUUGUUGGCAUUGCAGAGUAUGUUUGUAGGACUGCUGAACAAUAUAUUAAUAAGAGUCAUCGCCCAAAUUCACUAGCAGCUGGAGCAAUAUACUUUGUAUGUAAUUUGUGUAAUAUCCAAAUUGAGAUGAAAAGUGUUGCUGUUGCAGCAAAAAGUGGUGAAACAACAGUUAGAGGUGUUUACAAAGAACUUUUGUUGGUUGGUGAAAAGCUAUUACCAAGUGAUUUUACUCCGAAGUUAGUUGGAGGAAUAGAUACCUUAAAGAGAAGAUCAAAGAUUUUUGAAUAA